AUGUCUCACUCGCUGGCAAACUUCAAGCUGGACUCGCUGGAUGAGUACGAAUGCUACGUGUUUGCAGCAAAUAUCAAGCUGGACCAGCCAGCAAUUAGGCAGCCCCUGAGGCAGGCUCUAGGGUACAAUGGGAUUCAUGCCAGGGUACUGAAAGAGCUGGAUGAUGUUAUUGGGGGACCUCUCUCCAUUAUUUUUCAACAAUCUGGGGAGUCUAGAGAGAUCCUAGUCAACUGGAAGCUGGCAAAUGUUGUCCCAGUUUUCAAGAACAGGAAGAAGGAAGACCCUGGUGAACCAAGGAAAUUUGACCCAAAGUUCAGAGGACCUAUUCAUAACAGGCACUGUACAGACAUUAUUUGCUGUGUGAUCUUCAUAGUUGUCAUUCUGGGUUACAUUGCAUUAGGAAUUGUGGCUUGGGUGCACGGUGACCCCAGGAAAGUGAUUUAUCCAACUGACAGCUAUGGGCAGUUCUGUGGUCAGAAAGAUACCCUCAAUGAGAACAAGACCAUUUUGUUUUACUUUAACAUUCUGAAAUGUGCCAGCCCCGUAGUGUUAAUAAACCUACAGUGCCCUACAACACAGCUUUGUGUCUCAAAGUGCCCAGACAGGUUUGCAACCUACAUUGAUGUUCAGGCUUCCUACAGAUAUAAACCAGAUCAGUGGAAUUACUACAAGCAGUUUUGCAAACCUGGUUUUAACAAUCCUCGCAAGUCUGUUGCUCAAGUCCUACGUGAUGAAGAUUGUCCUUCGAUGAUCAUUCCAAGCAGGCCUUUUCUUAAGAGAUGCUUCCCAGACUUCUCCACGAAGAAUGGUGUGCUAACCGUGGCAAAUCAGACUACGUUCAAAGAUGGAAGAGGGAAAACAAGAAAUGUAACUGAUCUCAGGGAAGCUGCAAAUGGCAUCAAUAAUGUCCUGGAUGCAAGAUCAGUUGGAAUGAAAAUAUUUGAAGACUAUGCCAUUUCUUGGUAUUGGAUUUUAAUUGGGCUGUUCAUUGCAAUGAUUGUGAGUCUGCUCUUCCUUGUGUUACUGAGGUUCAUGGCUGGGGUCCUCUUCUGGAUUUUCAUCUUUGGUGUGAUUGGAAUUAUAGGAUAUGGCAUCUGGCAUUGUUACUGGGAGUAUGAUCAUCUUAAAGGAAUACCUGGGUCUGACCUCACUGUUUACGAUAUUGGAUUCCAGACAGACUUCAGAGUGUACCUGCAACUGAGGCAAACAUGGUUAGCAUUUAUGAUACUACUUUGUGUUGUUGAGGUCAUAAUCAUACUGAUGCUGAUCUUCCUAAGGAAUCGGAUCCGAAUUGCUAUUGCACUGUUGAAGGAAGGCAGUAGGGCUAUUGGCUAUAUAAUGUCUACGUUGUUCUACCCAAUCGUCACCUUCACACUCAUUGCAAUUUGUAUUUCCUACUGGGCUGUGACAGCUGUUUUUCUGGCUACAUCAGGAGAACCUGUGUAUAAAAUAAUGGCUAAUCAAACACUGUGCAAGUAUGCAAACCUGACUUGUGACCCAGAGACUUUUAACACAACCAAUGUGACUAAAGUGUGUCCAGGUGCUCAGUGUACUUUUGCUUUUUAUGGAGGAGAAAGCCUGUACCAUAAGUACAUCUUCAUCUUCCAGUUAGCCAAUGCCUUUGUCUUUCUCUGGCUGGUGAACUUUGCAAUUGCACUGGGUCAGUGUACCCUUGCUGGUGCCUUUGCCUCUUAUUACUGGGCCUCUCGAAAACCAGCUGAUAUUCCACUGUGGCCACUCUUCUCUUCAUUUGGACGAGCAAUACGAUACCAUACAGGUUCGCUGGCAUUUGGAGCCUUAAUUCUUGCAAUUGUCCAGCUUAUUAGAGUAAUACUGGAGUACUUGGAUCACAAACUGAAAGGUACACAGAACGCCUUCACUAGAUUUCUACUCUGCUGCCUCAAAUGCUGUUUCUGGUGUUUGGAAAAAUUCUUAAAAUUUAUAAACAGAAAUGCCUACAUCAUGAUUGCCAUAUAUGGUAAAAACUUCUGUACCUCAGCAAAGGAAGCAUUCUUUUUGCUCAUGCGGAAUGUGGUGAGGGUUGCAGUUCUGGACAAAGUUACAGACUUUCUUUUAUUCCUGGGGAAAAUUCUUGUUGCUGGUGGUGUAGGUGUUCUUGCGUUCUUUUUCUUCACACAGAGAAUACCAGUCUUUGCACAGGAAGCACCAACAUUAAAUUACUACUGGGUACCAUUGUUGACAGUCAUUAUUGGCUCCUACCUAGUUGCACACGGGUUCUUCAGCGUCUAUGCAAUGUGCGUCGACACGCUUUUCCUCUGCUUUUGUGAAGACCUGGAAAGAAAUGAUGGAUCUACAGCAAAACCCUACUUCAUGUCAGCUAGCCUUCACCGAAUUCUAGGGAAGAAGGAACUAAGCCCUAAGAAGGCAGCGGGAUAACAUACACUAAACCUCAACAUCAAAACAGUGUCACUUUUAAGCAAAACGUGUACAAAGUAGGCAAAAGUAAAAACUGUAAAUGAUGCUUCUGGUUAAUGGGUGAUUCUUUUUUCCUUUUGCUGAUAUCUAAAAAAAAUGGGCAACAUUGGUAACAUUUAACUAGUUUAAAUGCUUAAACUAACAGCUGUGAAAACAAGGCCACGUUUUAGUUUAUAGAGUGCCUAUGAAAAGGAAAAUGUAAAUUUGAAGCUUUUUUAAAUCUAUAAUGAUGUUUUAAUAACUUUUGUAACACAAGUUGCUGCCUUAGAUGACAGCAGUUUUGAUAAUGUUUCUUUUUAUAAGUGUAUAUUUGUAAAAGAAAUUCAGGCAAUUUUUUGAAAGCACUACCAUAUAACCUAAUUAGCCAUAAAAAGAUAGUUCAAGACUCUCUAGUUAACCAGGAGAUGGUACUAAAUUUGUAAAUAUGGUGCUAUGAUUGUAUUUUUUUGUACAAGCUGGUUCACAGCUAUUUAAACU